AUGGAUGAAAAUUACUCUGGUCAUAAUUCGAGGCAAAGUCAGUUCUCGAAGUUUGUCGAUGAAAUUCCAACGGAUGAUCUAGUUGAAAUUCCACUUUCCUCUGAUGGAGAAAAUGAUGUUGAUGAAUUUUCAAAUGACACUAAACACUCUCCAAUCGAUACUCAACCAAUCUUUCCAUCUAAUUCUGCUUCUCAAUCUGUAAUUCAGGAUUUUUUUGAGCCUCCAUUUUCUCCAUCCCUUAUUAGCAACAAAUCCAAUAGUACACAAUACUUCCAAGAUUCUAAUCAUGAUGAUAUUGAUGAUGACCUCAAAUUCAGUGAAGAUUUAGCGAAUUCCAUUCGCAAUCAGUGUUCUCUAUUCAGUCCUUCCCUUGUCCGAGCAAUUAAUUCGGAUAUAAAGGAAAUUAAGCGUUCUCUGAAUGCAUCAAAGUGUGGUGAAAAGUUGCACAACAAGCCUAAUCCGAACGUUGAACGUGAUAGGCUCAUUAAGUGCCAUCGGCAUGGACGGAAUGGGGAUCAGUGGAAGUCGCUCAAUCCAUCAAGUAAAUCAUUUUACGUGAAACGAGGUUUGAACCAGACUAAAGCGAAGAUGAUCAAAUCAAAUGGAAACAAGAAGGAAGAGAUGACUGUUCGUCAGUGGAAUUUCACCGCUCCCUCAAAUGCCGUCUACAGCACGAGUUCAGAGAGUGAAGGCGCCAAUAGCACCAGCGGCAGCACUCCUACCAACUCAGAUCCUGAAGCAUCACCUAGGAUCUCCAAUUCCCCGGUUAGUAAAAUGUCUUCUCGUGAUCAGAUGCAGGAAGAGGAAGAGGAGGAUGGUCAGUGGUCUCUUCAAAGACGUCCACCUUGUCCACCCAAGAAUCAAUCCAGUCGACCUCUCAGUGUGGAAAGCGGAAGUGACGUCGUUAGUGCAGGUGCUGGUCGCAGCAAUAACACUAAUUCUACCUCCAAGUCACUCCGGUCUCAAAGAACCAAAAAGCCACAGUCGAACUUAGAACCGGGUAUAUUGCUUAGCCUCUUAUGCUUUUUCUGGGUUGUAUAUUUGUAUAAUUCAAAUUUCAUAUGGUAG